AUGAAUUUCUUGAAACUUUUCUUAGUUGCUUUAGCUCCAGUUUUGAACACUUUGUUCAUUGCUGUUAUUGGGGCUGUUCUUGCACUUGACAACAUUGGCAUACUCAAAAAGAAUACUAAAAAGCACCUCAAUAUUAUUGUAUAUUUUGUCUUCACUCCAGCUCUUCUUUAUAGCAGCCUUGCUAAAACUAUAACUUUGAGGAGCUUGGGAAUGCUGUGGUUCAUGCCAUUAAAUAUUCUUCUAAGAUAUAUAAUUGGAACAACUCUUGCAUGGAUUCUCGCCAAAAUAACUAGAGUUCCUCGUCAUCUUCAUGGCCUUGUAAUGGGGUGUUGUGCUGCAGGAAAUCUUGGAUCGUUGCCUCUGAUCAUAGUUCCAGCUAUUUGUAAAGGAAGAAGUCACCCUUUUGGAGAUGUGGAUGCUUGCUAUCGUAAAGGACUAGCAUUUACUUCCCUAACUAUGGCAGUAGGACACAUUUAUGCUUGGUCUAUUGUGUACAAUAUUCUUCGCAUAUAUUCACCUAAGAUCAAUAUUGUCAAAUUUAAUGAUAACAAAAUAAAUAUAGAAGUUAAUAAUUUAGAAAAUAUUGCAAAAUGUUCGGCAAGAACAUUGACAACGACUGAGGAAAAAUCAAUGUCUAAUGGUUGCGUCGAUCGGCCUGAGAUAGAAUGCAAAGUGAUCGAUGAUGAAGAAGAAAAGGUUGAGGUACAAGAAAAAUUGAAGAAUAUGAAGGCACUACAAAUAUUAUUAAGCGACAAGAUCAAUUUGAAAGAACUAUUUGCACCUGCCUUGUGGGGAGCGAUUUUUGGAGUAAUAGUUGGUAUAGUUCCUCGGUUAAAAAAAGUACUAGUUACUGAACAUGCUCCUCUCCAUUUUGUUCAGACCUCUGCAAUCAUGUUAGGGGAUGCCUGCAUUCCGUCAACGAUCUUGUUAGUUGGCGCAAAUCUUUUAAAUGGUUUAAAGGGAUUAAGAAAGAAGAUUCCACUUGUGGUAGGCAUUAUUGUGGUGAUAUAUAUUGCAUUACCAACAAUAGGUAUAUGCAUUGUGAAAGGUGCAGUUCAUUUCAACUUCAUAAGCUCUGAUCCAUUAUAUCAAUUUGUUUUACUACUUCACUACGCUGUUCCUCCUGCAGUGUCCGCAAGUACAAUGACUCAAUUGCUUGGAGUUGGUCAAAGUGAAUGUUCACUUAUUAUGUUUGCAACUUACUCAUCAGCUCCAAUUUUGCUUACCCUUUGGUGCACAGUCUUCAUGUGGCUUGUGUUGUAA